UGCAGCACCGAGCAACAAGCGGUAGUGAUUCUGGAGGAGUGCUAGCUGAUAGGAGCAUUCUUCCCUAUAAGCAUAAGAUAACAGGUGCAUUGAAUCAUUGUCGUGCCAUCAGGAGCUGGGCGAGAGUGAGAUAAGUGAUAGUGUGGGAGUGUAGUGCAGUUCGCGUGACCAGUGGAUUCGCAAAUCGUGAGUGAAAGAUUAACUAAGCAGUGGAAGAAUUAGAAAAGAGAAACACAAAAUUCUAAUCCAUCAGAAAGCAUAAAAAGUGUUCGGUAUCCGACGGAUGCAAAGAAAAAGCUUCCGACAGGGAGCAUUUUAAUUGAAUUUCCUCUCCCUGUCUCUCUUACCGUUCGCCGCUAUCCGCUCGGUGGAGGUGACUGCGUGUGCGGGGUGGAAAAACAGAGCGCGAGAGGUGUGUCUGAUAUUGGAAAACGGAUUCUAGCCUGGCGAGGAGAGCCAACACGACGACCGAGUGAGCGAGUGUUUUGAGCAUCGUUUUCCUGUUGCCUACAAAACGCGUGCGGGGGUGACAUUUAGCAGCGAAGUGGAAAAAUAAACAAAAGUGCAAAAUAAUAGAGACAAGUGGGUAUCUCUGCCACCGUUGGAGAAUAUUGAUGCACUUUUCGAACGAAUAAAUCUUGGCUGGAAAUAACUGCCAAGCGAACGAAAGGAAAAUAGAAGGAAAACGGGUGCUAGUGUGAGUGUUUGUCGUCUAUCAGUGUCAGGAGAGACGACAGGAAGCAGAGGAUUUUUCGUGGAGAGUGUGUAAACUGACGAAUAGAUCCGUUUUUUCCUCUUCGAGUGGACAACAUGGGAGACUUUGGAGUUCUUUUACCGCCAAAAUUGUUCUUGAGUGUUUCGACGCUGCUGUUUUUCGUCAUUCAAGUUGCAAAUUCGCAGUACCCGGAAGUGGCCGACCAUCACCUGAGGCCAUGUGAGCUGGAAUCUCUGCUGCGCGAUUUAACCUAUCCGGAGGCGGGCUACGAGAUGCAUGCCGCGGCGCUGCGAAACCAGCUCCGAAACAUCCUGGAACGUGACCCGAAUGAGGCGGGAUACCAAUCGCUGGAUGAAUACGGUGGCUAUGAUGGCGCUGGACCGUAUGAAGAUAAACGAUCCUAUCGCUCGCUGCUGCGAGAUGGACCCGUGUUUGGGAAGCGCAACCUCGGUGCGUUGGCCCGUGCCGGUUUACUGAGGUCACCAAACAACUAUCUGAAGCGCAGCAUCGCCACACUGGCGAAAAAUGGCCAGCUUCCAUCCCGGGAACCGGACUCGGCCGAGGAGGAUUCCACCGGUGGCGGCGGAUGGAGCGAUGACAAGCGGAACAUUGGUUCGGCCUUCAAGUCGGGCUACAUGCUGAACGGAAAGCGCAAUAUUGCCUCACUCGCGCGAAAAUAUGAACUGCCAGGCAAGCGCAAUAUUCAGGCGCUCCUGCGGAACGGUAUGCUUCCGUCGCUGGCACCCAAGCGGAAUAUGCAAUCGCUGGCACGCGAUAAUGCACUCCCACACUAUGGCGGAUCCCAGGAGAACAAGCGCAACAUCCAGACGAUGGUACGCGACUGGAAUCUGCCCAAGCAGCAAAACAACGGUGGCGGGAUCGACAAUGAGAAACGCAACAUCCAAUCGUUGAAGAAUUCCCAGGGCCACAACGGAGGCGUGAGUGGUGGACGCAGGAAACGUGGGGUGUACUAUGACGACGAAGCGCUCGAGGACAGCACGCCGGAAAUUCUGGAGCCCGUCUACCAGUCAGCCCCGCUCGACUACGAGGAACUAUUGGAUGCAAUGACUGAUGCGUAUCCUUACUAUCUGCCCACCAACAGCAACCCUCCGGAGGAGAAGCGGUUUCUUGGUUCACUAGCGCGAUCUGGUAUGUUGAAUCGCUAUCAUCGAUACUCCAAGCGAUGGAGUAUGGAUGACUUGUACGAUGAUACCGAGCAGGAUGAUGAUGAUUCGGUUGAGCAAGCAAACGGGGAGGAUGAUGAUGAAGAUGAUGACGUUGAUGACGAGGAUGACAUUUAUGAAUCGCCCCGAAAGCGCCACAUUGCCUCACUAGUGCGGUCGGGUUGGAUGCCGUCGUUCCGGCCAUCGCGAGGAUCUAGCCAUUUUAGUCGAUCUGGGCGGGCGAGGUCGAGUAUUACCGGCAACCCGAGCGACUACGACAACCUACCGCCGGCGUUUGUAGACGAUGCGACACUAUUAGCGAGCACAGCGGAUUUCGAAGCGCCCUCUCACCAUACUUCGGCAGCAGCAGCAGCGGCGGCGGCGGCAGCUGGGGAGCUCCCGGUCUACAAUCCACUUGGGGCUCCACACCGCCCCGAGUUGCUGCGCUACACUGGCGACGCUUUCGUGACCCGUCCCCGGCUGUACGGCGGACCACACGAGGAAUUCCCCUAUUACGGCGGUUCCAGUGAAGCCCGCCCGCUCAACCCCUUCUACACCGAGGACGACUUCCGCUGCGCCGCCCGGCUCCGCAAGUUGCUCUACUACCUUAAGAAACAGUAUUACCUGGACAAUAAGUACAUACAGGCAGUGUACGGACGGAACGCUGUCAAAUACAAUUAAAAUAAGAUAAUAAGAAAGUGAAAGAAAAAAAUUCUACGGAAACUCAACCAAACGGAAUGAAGCUGACACAGGACAAUAAUUUUCACCGGUUUUCAAGGUAAUGCUGCUAAAAAACUGUUGGAAGUUUUUAUUUAGAAUACAAGGUGGCGUUUCGUGUAUCAAUUAUUACAAUAACAAAAUACAAGUGUGGAAUAACAAAACGCAAGCCAAAUAUUCAAAACUUAUUACACAUGUGUAUGGGCUAAGCAAAUACAAAGGCAAAACAAAUACAAAAAAGGAGCCCCCCUUGUAAGUGUUUAUAAGCAUUUAUACUGUAUUGAAAAGUGUAGAGGUAGGUAAUUAUUAAUGGAAAUUUUAAGAUGUAUUUAUCGGACACUAAGCGCUAGAAACCAUCAGACAAACCGAGGUUUGAAGUUUACUCCGUAUGUUCCCCGGAAAUCUUCCAGUUUACUAGACUUCCGCCCGGUGGACGUAACAGUGUAAUGAACUAACCGAAUAUAUCUCUAUCCUCAUAUCCCUUCCUCCAUAUCAAGUUGAGAGUAAUGAAAACAAACAAAAAAAAUCUAAUCGACUUAACCAACUGAACUGUUUAUAAUAAGGACCGAACAAAUAAUAUCUCCCCUUUUGAAUUAUUCUAUCGUCUGAAAUUUUAUUCUAUAACAUAUAUUUAUAGACAUUAUACAGUAUACAGACGGCCAGACGGUCAAAUAUUUCCCACAGAAAUAAAACGAUGCUCCAAAGGCACUCACCAUAAAAACAUGGGUUGAGCGAGAGAGCGAGAGCCUGGUGAAAAAAUAAAAUGCAAAAAGUGUAAUCUCCGCAUAACUAUUUGUUGUUUACAAUCCGCAAAUAAUCUGGAAACAUUAAAUAUGGAGCCACGGAUAUCACACGACCGAGCAGGAUUUGUUUGGCUUUCGCGGAAUUCCGGCAGCUUGUUGUCAAAUCCUCGAAGAGUGAGAGAUGAAAAUUUUGAGUGAGAGAUGGAUUUUCUGUGAAUUUGUUUGUGGAUAUUGAACAUUGUAUGUGUUAAGAGUUGGAUUCUAAAUCGGGCAUUAAUUUGGUAAUUCCUUAAAGCUGACUUUUAAAAAAUAUCAAUUUUAAGAUUCUAAAACCAUUGUUUUGCUGUAUCAUAUUUGCAAAAUUAUUCAUUCUGCCUGCGGUUUUCCAUGAACUCAGUAUAAAGGUAUCCAUGAUCUCCAUGAAAUUGGGCCAACUUCGUGCCUGGAGAAGCAUCCCAUCUCCUCAAAGUUUCAAUGUUUUAUUGUGUAUUGUGACUCUGCUUCCAGUGCCAAUAAAUCGGCGAAUUCAGUGUUUCCGUCGAAACUGAUCAAGUUCACUUACGUUUGGUCUACCUAUUGAAUUUUACAUAAAUGAGAUAUGUCUCAUCUUAUUCUGGAAAUAACUCCUCAGUAUCCUAUAAAGGUAGCUAGGGACCUUCAAUCUGUGUAUCGCUUCGGCUAUGGACUCCCAGCUGAAACUAUUGAGGGCGUUAUGCAAGUCGAUCAAAAACACCACGCAGUAACGAUCACCUCUUCAUUUUUGUUUAAGCGAGACCUGAGCUUUCCCGAUAACUGUCCGAAUCACGUCCAUUGUUGAGAAUUACCCGAACUGAAUUUUCGACAAUCCAUGAUCACCAUCCGUGCUUUUCAUCAGUCCAUUGAGAAUAAUCCUCUCCAAUAGCUUUCCUAAAUAUCCAGCAAACAAUUUGGUCUAUACGAUGCUAGAUCUCCAGAUGGCUUUCCAGAUUUCGGGAGCAGCAUCAACUUCUGGUCUUUCCUGGAUUUUUUUUUCACAGGGAAGUGACCGUCAUCCAGGAAUUUCUGCCAGCACCAUCCUGAACAUGUCGGGGAAAGCAAGGAUCGCCGAUUUCAAGGCCACGUUUGGGGAUUACAUCGGGAUCGGAUGCUUUUUUUCAAACCUCUAGCAGCCGCGAUGAGCUCUUCGUUGGUGACUUGUACGUUCUCGGCACAGCUCCCUCUAGCAGUUUCAUUUGAUCCUAUGUAACAUUUGGGGGACUUUGGGAGGGCUGGCAAACUUCGGUACAACGUCUAUCAUCAGCCGGUCCAUCUCCUCGAAUGAUUUGUUGUCAGUCGCUCUUUUAGGGGGAUUGCCUGCUACUCAGACACGGCUGAUCUAAACUGACACUUCCGCAUAAAAAUGAUCAUUUUAGCCAUGCACCGGUUGCUCCGACCUCCCGGCCCAAGGCGUGAGACGAUGAGGCUACCUUGCUCUCGGUCUCCCUCUCCAGCUUCUGCUGCACCUUACGGUUGCUCAGCCUUUCGAAAGUUGCCGCCAGUACUUGCGUUCGGUAAUAUAACGUCCAGUUAGGCGAAGGCUUCUAGUAGACUAUUCCUUCUGGCGUUGGUACAUCUGUUUUCCCAGUCCUCAGCCCAAUCGUUGAAGUCUCCUCCGAUAAUGACAGGUUUUCGACCGAUGACCUUGUAUGUAAGUACGUACAGCAUCUGGAGAAACUGCUUGGGGAUGUAUAGCAACUGCACAUAAGAAUUGCUUUGUCGAUCACGAAACCUCUCUGUGAGCUGUCUACCACUUCUUGAAUGGGGUUCCUUCCCAUCACUUGUAUUGCCGCCAGCUCAGCCUCAUCCAUCAUCCAAUUACUCGAUAUGGUUCUGCGAUCAUCAACGUCACACUUUGUUUCCAUUGUUGACUACCACAAUACUUGCUAUAUCGCAAUGAUUGACGUUGAUCUGAAUAACUUUUAUUACUUCGGACCCGCCAUCGUCUUGUUGUAGACCAGACAUUUGACCUGUCACAUGGUCGUUUCCGUCCUCCUCAUCGAAUAGCCUACACCUCGGUAGAGUUGCGAUUUGUCGUGAGUAUCAAAUGAUGGUACUCACACAAAGAUAAUCCACAAAUUUUGUACAUCGAUUGUCUUCGGAGACCAUACUGAAGUCAGUCAAAUAGCGUGAGAAAAGUAAUAUCACAAUACUACCAAAUGGUUAGCUUCUACUUGACAGUGAAGCUCCACGGUGAGGCCUGAAAUGUCGAAAUAAGACGAGACUCGGAGACCUGCUUGAAUGGUUUGGUGUUUCGAUAUUCACGACAUUCGCUUCUUUGUGAUCGCUCAUUGCGCCUGGGGAUGCCAGAUGUGAUUUUUGUUUUCAUUUAGAAUACAAUUUGAAGAAAAUUGUUUUUUUUCGAAUAUUCAAUUUCUAUUUUUCUUUUCAAACGGCCUUAACCUUUUUCGAGAAAUUUCGCCGUCUCGACGUAGUAUUUGUUUGUGGAAUGACGAGCCUUCGCUAUAUUUUGAGUUCGUAAAUACGCGUGUACUAGUGCAAGUUGGAAAAAAAAAUCUUAACGAAGAAUUCUCGACAAGAACGGGAGUUGAUACCGAAACCCUUAGAAAUCAACCGAAUAUCUACCGGAAAUAGUGAUAGUAAAUUAUAUGUUUUGCCAGUGACAUUUGUUUUUAUGUAGUAUCUUUAUUCUUAUCCAUUUAUUCACUUUUUAUUCAUUCAAUCAUACCGUUGAAAUCACGAGUAUUUACUUAUCCAUAUACAUAUAACAACCGUCAAAAUAGCUGUGAAGACUCGUAAAGGAUUAUUUUCAUGCCAUUCGAAAAUAUUUUUUGAAAAAUGUGGCAUCCCUGUUCGUGACUACGAAGCUGGGUGAUAGUUCGUGUGCGUGAAGUAUAUAUGAUGGAUUGCCACGAGAGAUAAACACAUUUCAAUAACAAAAUCAUGACUGAAAAUUACCUUUCCCAUUUAGAAUACAUAUUCUAAAUAUUAGAGCAUCAAUAUUUAUAUGAGAAGUGGUAUAAAAUACACAUUGAACGAAAAAUGGAAACUAUGAUGGUUUCAGUAUUGAGUAUUGAUUUUCUCUUUCAAUAAUUAUUAAGUAAUUGGCAACAGUUGAAUUGAAUUACUUUCUUUUUUGUUCAUUUACCCCAUUUGGCCCGGGAGUAUUAUUUUUUUUCAAAUAGAUAUAUAUAUAUAUAUAUAUAUAUAUAUAUAUAUAUAUAUAUAUAUAUAUAAA